AGGAGGGCAGCCAGGGGUCCGCCGACAUUGCUCUCGCGCGGGAGCCAUGCACCUAUCUGCAAUGGGAUGCGUUCAUUGGUAAUUGCCCGCCCUGGCGCAGGUCCCCACUAUGGCCAUCCUCACGGACGACUCGGUUCCCGUCGUUCCCACCGUGAGUUCUGGAACAAUGCCGACAAGUGCGCAGAAGUACGAGCUCGAAGAUUUUCAAACCGUCGGCAGCCGACUCGGCGGAGGCACCUUCGGAGAGGUGACCAAAGUUCUGGCGGCGGCGGACACAUCAGUACUGGCAGCAUUUUUGCAUUGAAGACGAUCUGCAAGCAGAAGGUGACGGAUCAGGGCAUGUUGGGCUACUUGGAGCGAGAGGUCAAAUCACAGUUCCUCGUCAAGCACCCUAAUAUCAUAGAGCUGCACUCCUGCUUCGAGGACUCAGAGUCCACGUACCUGUUGCUCGAGUUUGCGGCAGGUGGCUCGCUCUUUGGACUCCUGAGGAAGCACGGGCGCCUGGAGGAGCCGAGGGCCGCCACGCACUUCGCCGGCAUCGCCUCCGCCCUGGACCACCUGCACGCCCGAGGCUUCAUCCACCGCGACGUGAAGCCUGAAAACAUCUUGAUGUGCGAGGGCGGGGCAGCAAAGCUUGCGGACUUCGGAUGGUGUGCUGAGCUGUCGUCGCAGGAGGACAGCACCCCGCGGCUCACGUUCUGCGGCACGUGGGACUACCUCUCGCCCGAGAUGGUGAACAGCGAGCCGCACGACCACCGGGUGGACGUCUGGGCGCUUGGCAUUCUCCUCUACGAGAUGCUGGCGAACAUUCCGCCCUUCAGGGAAUCCAGACGGGCCAAGGCCAUCCAGCGGAUCACGAACGUGGACCUGCGGCUGCGGAUCGCGGAUUUCUUUUCGCCUGGCGCGUGCGACCUCGUCGGCAAGCUUCUGGUCAAGGAGAAAGAGGGGCGCGUGGACAUCCCCACCGCCCUCGAGCACGAGUGGGCGCGGCAGUCUAGCAAGCCGCACGUCCCCGAGAGGCCAGCCGCUGCGGCGCCCAGCCCCGACGCCGACGGGCAGCCAGCGUUGCCAGACGAGCUUACACCAACCAGGCUGAUGAGGCCCAGGCUGGCCGCGUGCGCGCCAGCUGGCCGCACCGCCGGGCAGCCGGCGAAGCCGUCGGACGUAGAGGACCCCGCCGAGGCCGCCGCUGCAGCGGGCGGCGCCGCCGACGAGCCCUCGCCGAGCCCCUCGGGACCAGUGGUGUGCUCCUGCGGCACCAUGGCAAUGCCGGGCCUCGAGAUGUGCUGGAGGUGCGGAACUCUGCCGAAAGGCGGCAGCCCUUUCACCCCCGCGGGCCGCCGAGGGCAGGCCAGCGCCAGCGCGCAGGCAACGUUCAUAGACGACGCCUGCUUGUUCGGCGACAUCGUCACGAGGGGCUUGUCUUCUUCAGAGGACCACCAGGAUGGCUGCCAGGGCACAGCGCCACUGCCAGCCGCCACGGCAAGGCUCCUGGGCGUGCUCCAGCACCCGCUGCUGGUGGCCAAGGCGGCCUCCUGCCCCGAAGGACCCACGCUGCCCAUCCGGCGGAGGCGCAGCAGCUACAGUGGCCAGCCACUCACCCACGAAAGGAGCAAGAGCGGAGCGCUUCCUGACAUCAAGGAGAAGCACUCGUUCGAGGAGGAGGAGGAGGACGGACCCGCGAGCUGCCCCGUGUUCCGGCGGCCUCGGAGGCGCUCCUGCGUCGAUCGCAUCGAGCAAGAUUCCCAGAGCCUGUGCGUGACGGGCGUGCGCCAGACUAAGGUCUGGAAGUCGCUGCAGAGGGCACUGGUGGACUCCAGCCCGACCAAGACGGAGGCUCGAAACUCGGCAUCCACGUCCUCGGAGGUGUUGCUGAUGAGCCACGGUCUCAACAGCGACGACGAGGGGGACGCUGGCUCCGAGCUCGACCCGCGUUCAGCCCUGGCCCAGAGCCUCGACAAGGAACGCGCACUGGUCGGGCGCGACGAGGGAUUCUCGGACAUGCUGAACUAUCAUAUGAGCAACAUUGGCACCGAGAUUGUGCGCAUCUUGGAGAGGGAUCCGAUGAGCGCAGCGUGCGAUGCCUGAGGUCGUGGGUUAAAGACGCGGUUUGCGCGCAUGUUCUUCCACGCAGGGGGCAGUUUCCCCUUUACUCAAACUCCACCUGGCAUUUUCCCCUUUACUCAAACUCCACCUCUCAUCGCCUUUGCUCUCUCUCUCUCUCUCUCUCUCUCUCUCUCUCGCUCAACUCGUCGGCCGUGCGUGUUAAGAUGCCGCAUCGGUCGACCGUUUCAGCGUCCUGCAGGUCGGCCCUGACGGCGCCACACCUGCGCUUCGGGCUUGCACGUUUCAUCGUGUAGAAGACCAAAUCAACAAACAAACAAACAACUAAUGUGGGCUUUGGAUAUAAACGUAUUGGGAACGUUGGCCGAAUUGUUUGCAGAUUGCGCGGGCACUUUUA